AUGGCUCUCCCCGCAUGGAAUCUUCUCAAAGGCAAGACUGCCGCGAUAACGGGUGGCACAACUGGAAUUGGUCGAGGGAUUGUUCUCGAAUUUAUUCGCCAAGGAUGCAAUGUUGCCGUGAAUCACCUUGGACUACCUAAAGAUGAAGCCCAUCGUCAUAGUCUCCUUGAAGAAGUCAAGGCCAUUGAGAGGCAAGGAAUUCAGGCAGGAAAGGUGCUAGAGAUCGCAGGGGACGUCACCUCCCCCGAAACCAGUACCACGCUUAUUCAAGAAGCUGUUGGGCAAUGGGGGAAGUUGGACAUAUUCGUCGCCAAUGCGGGAGUCUUCAAACAAGCCGAAUUCUUAAAAAUUGAGCCCGCCCUCCUGAACCACAGUGUCGACGUCAACAUCAAGGGCGCCUUUUACUCUUGUCAAGCGGCCGCUCGUCAGAUGGUAAAGCAAGGACACGGAGGGUCAAUAAUUGGCAUUUCAUCCGUCAGCGCUUUGGUUGGCGGAGGCCUCCAGACCCAUUAUACGCCCACAAAAGCAGCAAUUUUGUCCAUGAUGCAGUCUAUGGCUAUCUCGCUGGGCAAGGAUCAGAUUCGAUGCAAUGCAUUGAUGCCAGGCACUAUCAAUACUCAGCUCGCUGAUCACGAUAUGAAGAAUCCCACCAAGAAAGCAGCUCUUGAGGCGCGAAUCCCGCUCGGUCGUAUCGGGAGUCCAGAGGAUAUUGCAGGUCCAGCAGUAUUUUUGGCCUGUGAGGAGAUGAGCCGGUAUGUGAAUGCAUCUGGCUUGUUGGCGGAUGGGGGGAUGUUCAGUAAUCUACAAUAA